AUGUCUUCAACACCCUCAGAAAAGGUUCCGGCGCUCUUUGGCUGCCCCUGCAUCUGGAGCCACGUCCCCCUCUACGGCGCCGCCAAACGUCGUCUCCCGUACCACCAUGCGCCUGCGAAACCCGGCGCACCCGGUCUCACCCGCCGCCUGCCCUCGGAGAUCAUCCUCUGCAUCGUCGACGCCCUCUUCGACCUGCACGCCAAGGAAGUCUCCCUCGGCUACGAGAAGUACUGGGAGUCCUCCUGUCUGCCCUACGAGACCGAGACCUUCUGCCCCUUCUGCAUGCUCCCGCGCUUCGAAGUCUGGCGCGACGUCGCCAACCUCGCCGCAACGUGCCGCGCGCUCUACGACCUCGUCACGCCCGUGCUGUACCGCAAAGACGCGCGGCACAACCACGCUUCCGCGUUGCUGAUCGCGACCAAGAGGGGCAACGCGCGCGCCGUGAGCCUGGCCCUGGAGAACGGGGCGGACGUCGACGAGGACGACCACACCAUGCCCCUGCAGUGGACGAACGAGUGCUUCCGGUACUGCGAGAAGUGCGAGUAUCAGGUGUGGUGGCGGGAGCCACGGAGGCUCGACAUGGGCGCGCUGCAUUGGGCUGCAAUGUGCGGCAGGGAGGAGAUUCUGGCGCAGCUGCUGGCCCGCGGGGCGGAUGCGAACAAGAGGGCGACGGUGCAGCCUGUGCUCGAUGCCGGGAACUACGGGUCGUUGAGGUAUGUGGAGGACUUCUGCGACGAGUACAACGCGAGCUUCCCGUGCGAGUCGCUCCAGACGAAUUUCGACAUCCGGCCGGAGUUGAGCACCGGCGGGGCGAACCCCUUGUACUUUCUUCUUGGAACGAGCGGGAUGAGAGCCAAGGGAAAGACAACCUUCAUGGCGAGGGCGCUGAUCGAGGCCGGUUCGUCGCUUGUCACGCAUCAAGGGACGGGCCUUCAUGCGCUUCACCAAGCUGCGGCGUCUGAGAACCUUGAAGUGAUGGAGUAUCUCGCCGCAGAGCACAAGGUUGACCCCAAUGUGGCGGAUGCAACUGGCAACACAGCGCUGCAUCAUCACCUUCUAUCGCGGUUUCGGUCAUCUAUACCAAAGGAUGAGAAAAUCCUUGAGAAGCUCAUCAGCAUGGGGGCCUAUGUGAAUGCCAGGAACAUGCGGGGAUCCUCGGCAUUGGAUCUAUGCCUGGAAACGGCUACUGUUACGACGGACAAGUUGAAGGUUGCCGUUCUGCUGUGCACCCACGGGGCGACAAUUCGGGAGCAAGACUUGAAUCGUUAUCGGAUCAGGUUGAACGAAGGACAACGAGACCAACUUAACCUGGCCAUGGAGGUAGCAAGAGCUUGCGGUCGGAGCGAUUGGCGUGAAGUCAUAUAG